CAGGUCGCUCUGCUGAAGUGGGCGUGAAGGCCGACGAAGAGCGGCUAACUAAUGCUAGAAGAUAAUCGAUCCAGUGCGAUUUUUACGCGACGAAUAUCAACAGACUGAGCAAAAAACACGGAAAAGACGAAGAUUCGCUGCAGGAGGUUUACCUGCAACCAUUAAGACUCACCAAUGGCAAUGGCUACUGACAUGCCUGUGGACAUGGUGCCGGUCUCUUUACCCCCUCCACUCUCUCCCCCAGACCUCACCCCACUCUCACCUACUCUCAGCACCAUUGUAGGUCUAGAUCAAAUUCCCACCCAGGAGGCAGCAAUAACACAAACCCCAGAGACAACGGUGAGUGUGGAACACAAUUCUGCUCCAGAUGUCACCCUGUCUCAGCCAGCAGACCCAAACCUUGCCCAGCCUUCUGGGUUGCCCUUGUCUCCUCUGGCCAUACCAUUGUCAGAAGCCAGCAUGAAGAAUCCCAGCUGCAAGAUUAUGACCUUCCGGCCCACUGUGGAGGAGUUCAAAGACUUUGCCAAAUACAUUGUCUACAUGGAGAGUCAGGGAGCCCAUCGUGCUGGUUUGGCCAAGGUGAUUCCCCCAGAAGGCUGGAAGCCACGGAAGACAUACGACACUAUCGAGGACAUGGUGAUUCCAGCUCCUAUUAUGCAGGUGGUGACUGGACAGUCAGGUCUGUUCACCCAGUACAACAUCCAGAAGAAAUCAAUGACUGUGGCUGAGUACCGCAAGCUAGCCAACAGCAAGAAAUACUGCACACCACGCCACAAAGACUUUGAUGACCUUGAGAGGAAGUACUGGAAGAACCUGACGUUUGUGUCUCCCAUCUAUGGAGCUGAUGUCAGUGGAUCCAUCUAUGAUGAGGGUAUUGAAGAGUGGAACAUUAGCCAUCUCAACACGCUGCUGGAUAUGGUGGAACAAGAAUGUGGCAUUGUCAUUGAGGGUGUCAACACACCCUACCUUUACUUUGGCAUGUGGAAAACAACAUUCGCCUGGCAUACAGAGGACAUGGAUCUCUACAGUAUCAACUACCUGCAUUUUGGACAACCAAAAUCCUGGUAUGCUGUGCCACCAGAACAUGGCAAGAGGCUUGAGAGGCUGGCACAAGGUUUCUUUCCUGGCAGCUCACAAGGCUGCGAUGCUUUUCUUCGCCACAAGAUGACUCUGAUAUCGCCAUCCAUCCUGAAGAAAUAUGGCAUUCCUUUUGAUAGGGUAACCCAGAAUGAAGGGGAGUUUAUGGUUACCUUUCCUUACGGCUACCACGCUGGCUUCAACCAUGGUUUUAACUGUGCUGAGUCUACAAAUUUUGCCACCCUGCGGUGGGUGGACUAUGGAAAAGUGGCCGCUCUGUGUUCCUGCCGUAAGGACAUGGUGAAGAUAUCCAUGGAUGUGUUUGUACGUUGUCUGCAACCAGAGCGGUAUGAGUUGUGGAAACAGGGAAAGGACACCACAGUGGUGGACCAUCUCAAGCCCACUGAGCUUACCAGCCCAGAACUGGAGCGCUGGAAAGAGCACCGUGUCACCUAUCGAGCCAACCUCCUGCGGAGGGCCAUGCAGAAGAUGAAGCAGUAUCGCCGUCUGAAGACUGAAGAGAUGAAGGUACUGUCAGAGGAGGGAAUUGAGCUGAAUGCUGCUGAGUACCAGCUUCAGGUGGAAGAGCGUGAAUCCCAGCGAAGGCGGGAGAGAGAAGAGCGUUUAGCCAGAGAGGCUAUGAUGACCCUGGAGGCCAUGGAGCAUGAGGAGCAGCAGGCUGCUGAGGCUGCUGCUGCUGCUAAAGUUGCAGUUUUAGGAGCACAAGAUCCUGAAGCUGAAUUACAGGACUUAACAGAAGACAUGGACACAAAGAAGCAGAAAAAGCAAAAGAAAAGUGUAAAUUUCCAGCAUCCCAUGACUGGUUUUGAGGAAGCAUUUGAACAAUUUGCAACAUCCAUCAGCAGCAGUUCAAAGGCUGUUUCAGAUGGUUCAAAAACCUCAAGUGAGAGUGACGUUACAGCAGAUGUCAAAAUGGAUGUGAAUCCUGCCCAGGCAUACUACUCUAAGGUGAAGAUGCCAACCGAAGUUAAAAAGAGUCGCCGUCACCCCCUCAGCAAGCCUCCCAUGCAAUCGCCUCUGUCUAUUGUUAAGCAAGAUCCAGCCGCUGAGACAGAGCUACCCACCUCUGUGCAGCUUGAUAGUGGCGUUGGGAAAGAUGGAGACCUCUGGCAGAGUCGGUUCUCACCCAACUUUCUGUCAGAGAAGUCCUUCAAUGCUGCCAUGGCAGUUCUCCAGCCACACUGUGCUGUUUGCUCACUCUUCUGUCCCAACACACAGCCAUACAAAGAUCUCUUCAGUGUGAAUGAGUCCAAGCGCACUUCGCUUCAUGGCUCUCGUACUCGUCCGCUGAUUCCAGAGAUGUGCUUCAGUGUUGGUGCUGGCAACACGGAGCCUCUGCCGUCAAAUGAUUAUAUUGGAGAAGAUGGAACCAGUCUGCUGCUCAGCUGUUCAUCCUGUUGCUUGCAGGUCCACAGCAGCUGUUACGGUGUAAAGCCAGAUUCCUUCACUCAAACCUGGACUUGCUCCAGGUGCGCAGCAGGUGCCUUCACCGUGGAAUGUUGUCUCUGUAAUUUGCGAGGAGGAGCACUGAAGACUACUACAGACAACCGGUGGGUACAUAUCAUAUGUGCCAUCGCAGUGGCCGAAGCUCGCUUUGUCAAUCCCAUUGAGAGAGAGCCAGUGGACGUCAGUGCUGUUCCAGAAACACGCAAGAGGCUGAAAUGUGUAUACUGCUAUGGCAAGAAUACCAGUCAAAAUCAGGGUGCCUGCAUCCAGUGCUCAUAUGAGAACUGUGCUACGUCUUUCCACGUCACCUGUGCCCACAUCGCAGGAGUGGUCAUGAAGCCAGCCGACUGGCCCUACGUGGUGUCUGUCAGCUGUCAUAGGCAUAUUAAGGCCAUGCAGAAGACUCGGCCAGCUCCCAAAGUCCCUAAGGGCCCAUGUCUGGGUCAGAGAGUAGUGGGUCGAAACAGUGACGGAUGGUUCUAUCAUUGUACCAUCAUUGGCAUCGCAACACAGACAUACUACGAGGUCAACUUUGACGAUGGCUCAUAUUGUGACAACCUCCACCCAGAAAAUGUUGUGAGUCAUGACUGUCUCCAUUCUGGCCUUCCUGAUGUGGGGGAAUUGAUCGUAGUCGCUACAAGUGACGGUCAGAUGCUCAACGCUUCCUUUGUCAAACAUCACGUGCACAAGUUGUAUCAGGUUGAAUUUCAGGACCAAACUCAGCUGAUGCUAAAACACUCAGAAAUUCACCUGCUUGAGCAAGAACUUCCCAAGAGGGUUCGAGCCCGUCUGGUAACACCAAAACGGCGCUGCUUGUCCACCAAAGUGACCCAUACUCGGAAACCUCCGCCAUUAGACGUGCCCACUUUCCCCCAAACCACAGUCCAAGCACCUCUUGCAGCACCAAAACACCACAGUGUUAUUACACCACAGACCUCGCAGCCCCUCUCCCGGCCCACCGCCUCCCCACAAGAGAACCCCACCAUAGCCAACGGUAUUGAGAUGGACACUGUGGCUCAAAUGGACGCGACCACAGCUAACACCAAUGCUCUAACUGAGCUUGGGCUGGCAUCAGACCCAGCACUGACUCUGGACUCGGCUGCAUUUCAGUCUGCUUUGAACUCUGACUCCAUUCUCUCUGCAUUGUCCAAUCCCCUGCCGUUCCCCCACAAAUCCGACACUUACACCCCCAGCAGCAGCUUUGUUUCCUACAUGGAGACUCUGCUCCAUUCACGUUUCCCUCAGGAUGAGGAGCCCGCACCCCUGUAUUAAAAACUAACAAAGUCUUCUUACCUAGUUGAUCAAGGCUAAAGCAAUGCGAAGUAAGCUAAUGGUGGUGGAUUCUACCGAGUGCUGUGUUAACGCAUUCCAACACAGCUCUGAGAGCUCAGGGCAGGAGCAGGAAAGGGGACUGCGAAUCAAGCACUCUUUUAAUGCAUGUUUCUUUUGUAUUUUUGAGUUGACGUGUUUGUGUUUUCUCUUUGGCUGCCCUGAAGCAGCAGCUCAAGGCUUUAUUUUUUAAUUUUUGGGGGGGUAUUAGGCCUUUGACCUUUGUUUUUCUGAAUUACCGUCCUGCAUCUCUCCUCUGUUUUAUAAAGGUAAUCUCUGGGUGGUGUCAACUCCAUACCUCGUUGCAUUAAUCCAGUAAUGCACACUCCACGUUUCCUUGUACAGAUCAAAACAACCAGCAAGAAAAUGUUUAUUUUUGGCAAAACCGUUUUUUGUUGAAAAACAACAAACAUUGUCCACCUACAGUCACUUUCAGUAUGAUGUUUUAUAGUCGGACUGCAAGAGGUAAAAGGCAUAAGAUAUAUGUAUUGUGGGGAUAUUCAGUAUUUAAAUGUCUUAGAUAUGGAUACAAUUGUUUGUAAUAGAAGAUACAUGUUGAAUGCAAACACUAGUCCACUUGUCUUCAGGAUGCAUUGGCUUCUUAGGUUUUGUUUUUUGUGACGCUUUGUCAGAGUAGGUAACGGAUGAGAUCACUAUGUCUUGAUGUAACACACACGGUCACUUGAAGGCUCAAUUUUUCACGUCCUAAACUAGACUGAGCUUCCCACAGCUGGAAAAUAAAUUUUCGUAUCAGAGCCUUUGCACUUUUACAGAAGUGCAGAACAGCUUUCACACGUUCUACAAAUGUAAUAUUUACCCCUUUGAAGAUAAAUAUUUAACUUUAAAGUAACAUCUCUUCACUUUAUGUGACAUUUCAUGUAUUGGCAAAUUAAUUAUUGGAAGAAUAAGAAAGAGAAACUCUGAAGUCAGCUUAAAGAAUAAGGCUGAGAUGUUUGGAAAGGAGAAAAAAGUUUGAACCCUAAAAUAUGGAAACUUUUGUAUCUUGCUUGUUUAAAAUUUAUGUAUAAAGUCAAUAUUGUAUAGAGGUAUUAGUUUUUUUUUUUUCUAAUAGUGUAUCCUUUCUAUGUUUUCUUGAACAUCUCGAGGUCAAUCUACAAUAUUGAUACAAUUUUUACAGAUUUUCACAGGCAUUUUGUUCAGUUUUUACUGACCAACUUUUUCUUGUCUGAUAAAUAUUCAGUCACAUUAUGCAGCAGAGGUGCUACAGAAAUAUUAAACUACUGAUGGACUGAAUUUUGCUCACUCUCACCUUGUACAUACCGCAGGCCUCCAGUGUUGUGGAUCAAAUUUGUAAAUGUCAAGCAUAUAUAUAUCUCCCCCUCUCCCACUUACCCCCAAACAUGACUUACUUUUGGGACACCUGAAUCCUCAUGUAUCAGAUGAUAUCAUCAAAAAAAAAAAAAAAAAAAAAAAACUUAUUUCAUAGGAAAUAAACUGGGUUGUUAGUCACCA